AGUUGACCUCGAUUUGUCUCCUACCGCUAGAGGGCACAACGAGCACAUUGUUUACAAAUGGCGACGACGUAGACAUUCAACAAGUGGAAAAAAUUGAUUAUCAAUACUUUGCAGUUUUACUUCAAGAAAGUUUACUGAACUACACUCAUGCAGAGAAUGUCACGCCGUAACCAACUUCCUGUUCUGAGAGCUCCUUAUGACACUCAAGACGAGCCAUUUCAGCCCAGGCCCAGUCCUCGAAACAAUGAACAGGAAACAAGAGUUCUGCCUUAUACUGGAAAUAACACGGAAAGACAGAGUCGUGGCCCCUCUCGGCUAGAUCUACUGGAAGAGAGGCUCACACAACAAGAAAGAAACUCUCAAAAUCUCGUUGACCGGGCGUUUAAAAUCAAAGAGGAUGUCAUUGACAGUUUGAAUUUUACUCAUGGUACUUGGCAGGAGGAAAAACAUGCCAGAAACAUGUUACAAGAGCAUAUUCGCACAAUAACUGCGGUGGUCAAUCGACUCAACAGUGAUAUAUCGCAAUUAGAGGAAAGUAUUCGCACUCGGGACAAUGUUUCCAUGGGAACCAACAAUGCUGUGAAGAAUCUGGAGGUGCAUCAUGUAGCAUCUCUCACUGACCUCCGAGGACGAAUCGUGAGGUGCGACACAUCUAUAGCUCGUCUGUCCACAGAGCUCAAUAAUGCAACUGCCGCCAUUAAACAACUGUCCCAGCAACAAAGUGACAUGCAGGGAAAAAUCAUAGAGAGAAUCCACGAUGUGGAGGCUAGGUUGGUCACAGUUCAGAACAAUCAAGAUAGAAUGGCAAGCGAAAAUAAAAUGAAACUCCAGCAUUUGGAGGGGGACACUGGUCAACAGAUGGCGACACUGGACAGUCGGACAAAGAGCAUAAUCGACGACCUUAAAAACACCCUCAAUAUGUACCAGGCCAAUUCAGAUGCAGAGCGAGAAAAGCUCGAGGCUAGAUUGUUGUCAAACAUGGAAAGAAUCUCUGCUGCCAAAGAUGGUCUUAUUGAACGUGUUGAAAGAAAGGUUGACGAGAGCCACUAUGUGACAGAAAACAGAAUUCAGAAGUUGGAUGAAGCAAUACUAGAGGAAAGGGCCAAGAUAGCAGAUAUAGAACAUGGCUUUGGUCUGGGUGGCAGUAAGCAUUUGGAAAACAAGAUAGUAGCUCGCCUUGAACAAAUGGCGGCCACACAAAAAGAAGAAUUUGCUCGUCUGAAACGUGAAUGUAGAGAAGGUUUCUCAACAGUUCAUGAAAGUAUCACCAACAUGAAAACAGUGAUGGAAGGAAAACGGAAAAUUCUAGAGGACCAGCUACGAAAGGAAAUCAGCCAAAUCCGCAAAAUGGUGGUCUUGGUGUGACCAGGAAACCUGUGUCUACAAAUGACGACUGAAAUAACAGGAUGUGUUCAAUCACGGUCCCUGACUGAGUUUGCAUGUAUAUCUUAUCGCCAACCAAAACCAGAUCCAUUCCAGUUGGCAGUGAUGCCAUAGUUUGAAGUAGUUAGACAAUAUGAUAACAAAUACACAUUUUUGUUGCAUUGUAACCAAAGAUCACUCAGAUAGGGCUACUGCCUUAAACAUGUGCACAGUGUAUGCACAUUUUUUUGUUAUUUUUUAUUUUUUUUUAUUUAAGGUUGCUUUACUAUGGAAUCCCCUUUUUUGCAGUAUUAAGAAAAACAAUCAAGUUUAACCCUUAUAGUAUAUAUAUCUUACAACCUGACCACCAAAUCUGGAGUAUGGACUCAUUUUGUGUAUACCAUGUGUACUCAUUAGUACUAAUUUUAUUUAGGAAUUCUGUUGUAGUACAUGUACUUCCAUUUAGUAAUGUGGGUCAAAUAUAUUUUGGCAUUGUUGUACAUAUAUUUUGUUGUUAUCAUUUUUCAUCAAUAAAAAACCACUUGUUAUGCUUUCAUCAUCAUGGUCAUCAUGCAAUCAAAUUCUAUAUUUACAGAGAUAUAUAUGUAUAUAAAAUCUAGAUGUACUGAUAGUCAUCUCAUACUUAACAAGUGUUAGUUUUACUUUUUAUUUUCCUUGAAUCAAGAGGGUACACUAAUACCUUCUAUCAAGAGUUAGUUCCCUUUACACAAGGGAGUGUUCAACAACAUCAAGUUCUUCCAUUUAUUUUAUUUAUCAUGCAUGUACAGUAAGCAUGUUUAUGUAGUUCACAAUAAAUUAUUUAGUUUUCUAA